AAUCACAAGUAAAUUACUCUCUUAAACAAUUCUAGAACAUUCAACAUCAUUUCAUUCACUAUCACUAGACUUCAACACCAUUCAUUCACCAUCCUGCAACAACACAAGCAGCAUAAUUUCACUUGAUUCACCUUAUAUUUGAACACUAAUAAGUAAUAAUUCCAUUGGAACUCCACAAUGAUACUAAUUCCAUUUCACUAUCCUCUAUUUCGUCUGGCUACUAGACAAACUGUUGAGCCAAAUCAACACCUAACAUUCUCUUAGUGGCAGAUUCAUUUCUCAAUAGGAGCAACCAAAAAAAAAAAAAAAACACGAAACCUAUCUUCAAGCGAUUCGCCAGAUUCCUAAAUCCUAAGCACUACUGUGGCGUUUCGCAGUGAAUUAGCUCCAUCUCCUUAUCCUCUCAUUUCCCGGCGACAAUACAGAAUUACAGACCAAAACGAACGCCGAAAACGGCCGCGGUUGCAGCCUCCAUUCGCAAUAGCUAAACAAUAUUAAACCAAACACGACGGGAGAAGUUCCAGAAACCGCAGCCAAACAGGUUUGCACUCUAAUUGAGCGACUCGAUGCACGAAUCGACAGAGGGAAACUCAUCAAUGAAGUAGCUAGGUAAUAUAUAGAUACAUCAGCGGGCUAGCUUCGUGGAGUUGGGGGAAAAGAAGAUGGAAACGAAGCUUACCUCCUUGUCUCCAGGGCAGGCUCUCCACGAAGAAGAAGAUGGGGAAAGAAAUUUGGGAAUUAGGGUUCUGCCCGACCCCGACCCAGAAUCCCCUUUAAUUUUUCGGUCUUUUAGUUUUUUUUUUUUUUAAUUACACCAACCGGACGAAUGUAAAAAACCGGACGAUCGGCUCGAGCGGCUCGAACGGUUAACCGCUUCAGCCGCUCGCCGGCAGCCCCAGAGAACCAGUCCGGCUAAAUAGCUGAUCCGAGCCGGUUUUGAGCCCGGUUGGCGGUUUUGGCGGUCCAACCGGCCGGCUCGGCUCGGUUUUCACAACACUGGUUUUAAUAUUAGAAGGGUAUGUUUGUGAAAAUUUUAAGGGCAAAUACAAUAUAUUAGCCAUAACUAUUAAGCAGCGGGGAAUUAUAGCCACAACUAUCGAAAUACAAAUUAUUAGCCAAUCGUUAAGUUUUCGUUAACACUUCUGUUAGUAAUGAUGACUAAGCUUUUACGAUGCCGAGCUGGCUCCCACGUGGCAGUCAUCAUAUCAUAUUUUUUACGAUGCUGACAUGGCCUUCUACGUUAAAAAUUUGAAAACAAUAAUGGGCUGUUAGCCAAAUCUUGACCCACAACUAUAGUUAUGGCUAAUAAUUUGUAUUUCGAUAGUUGUGGCUAUAAUUAUCCGCUACUUAAUAGUUAUGGCUAAUAUAUUGUAUUUACCCAAAAUUUAAUAGAGGAAUUACCGGGAAAAAAUAAUUUAAUAGAUGAGCAAUGUAGUCAAAAUCUCGAUUUUAAUCCUAAAAUCUUACGAUCUUACCUAUGGGUUACAAUCAUGAUUUCUAUAAAGUCUUUCAAUCUUAAAAUUCUAUAAAAUCCCGAUUUAAAACUCUAAAAUCCUUAAAAUCAACAAUUUCUAGGAUUUUGUACAAUUUCAACGUUCAUGUCAAUUGGAGCAAAAUCAGGCCGAUCAGGUUGGAUUUUACCCAUGAACCGGGUCAAGUUCACUUCUCCCAAUAUAAUCAACAACACAACCCUAAUAUGAGAAAAGACCCUCAAUUGAUUUUCGUUCUCUUCCUCAUUCGCACGUCGACACCCAACUCCUUCCAUCAAUGAUACCUCCACCCUCCCAAUUAACUCGUAUUUUGUUCCCAGCACCACGAAAUUAGCCCACUACCCAUUACAAUGCAAGCUUUCGUUCAUCUACCAAACCUUCAACACCUUUAUUCCCUGACUUUUAUCGAUCAAGUAGGGAAAUGCAUCGAUCAGUGAGUUACCUUUACCAGAUGAUGGUGAUUAAGUGAUUCUAAGAAUAAUGAUAUAAUUCCUCAAGAAAAUUAUAAAAGGAUUCUGCGAGGAUGGGAGUGAGGGUAAGGGUGAGGAUGAUUAUAUGUGACUGAUGCUAAUGUUGAUCCUAACGAUCUUAUGUGAUUUUCUAAUCUUAACUACCUAUGAGUUUUCAUGUUGCUUAUUUGUGUGUUUUUGUUAAGUACAAGAAUAAAUAUAUGGAUUAAUUUGUGUUUAUUUAGCAGACAAACUUGUCUUGAGAAGUAAUUAGGUAAUAUGUGGUUGACUGUUAUUCAUGAUAUGGAUUGUUAUUAGUAUCUGGUGUUUAAAGUGUUUAUUUUAAUAUGAACCUUAAAAUCUUAUGAUUUUACGAUUUUAAUCUACGAUUCCGAUUUUACCUCAUUUUUCGAUUUUAGUUAAAAUCUCUAUUUUAAUGCAUUGCAGAUGAGUACAUUUGUUAAUUUGAAAUAGUAAAGAGGUAGAAAAUAAUAUUAAUCCAAACCCUUUUAAAUAAAUAAAUUCCUCAAAACUUUAUAGAAUUAGAGCCAAACAUUGGGGAUUGGGUAAUUGGAAAAGAAACUAGUUAGGGUUAUCUAUCUCAACUUAAAUUCUAUGAAUUUUACCAACAAAAAAAAAACUUAAAUUCUAUGAAGAACGUACAAAAAGGGUGAGAAUGAGGAGAAACCAGAAAAAAUACCAAUCCAAAAUUCCAGGCUCGCCUUAAAGCCUGAUUACGAGGCCAGCUGCUAUCUGAAGCCGGGAAACCUCAUCGGUGAUCACCAGCAAUGGCGCUUCUCGCGCCCAGUAUAACGAGUGAGGUGGGCUUGCGUUUGCUGCUUUCCCCAAUUGGUUCCAACAUUGUAACGCGAGCUGCAUGUUGCUCUGUUGGGAUUGUUUUGCCGGUUUACUCUACAUACCAAGCUCUUGAAGCGAAUGAUGAAACCCAGCAAAGGAAGUGGCUGAUAUACUGGACAGCGUACGGAUCGUUCAGCCUUGCAGAAGUUUUUGCGGACAAGUUGCUUUCCUGGGUCCCCAUGUAUUAUCAUAUGAAGUUUGCAUUUCUCGUUUGGCUCCAACUUCCAUCAGCCAAUGGAGCAGAACAACUUUACCGAAACCACUUGCGCCCAUUCCUGUUAAAGCACCAAGCUAGAGUAGAUCUGCUUAUGAACUCUGCCUAUAAGGAAGCGGCAAGACUCAUUAGCUCACACCAAGCAGAAAUUGACUACGCCACGUCUGUAUUUUUGAAGAUAAAGGGAACAGAUGGAGCAACAGUAGCCCAAUCCCAUGAGAACGCACAUCGCCACCGGAGUGAUGCUGAUGAUGAGUUCAGUCAGAACACAUAGAAACCUCCAUAUUUAUAUCCGAAUCAUGCAAAUAUAGUUGACAAUGACAUUGUGCAUAGAUCAAGCCUCCCAGUCCCUCUUUCUUAUCGCCUAGGUGUUGAGCUUGUAAAAAAGUUAAUAGGAUUCAGUUGCAGUAGAGUGGAAGAUCUAUAGUCUCGAAUUUUGAUAUCAUUCUCAGUGUUUCUAUUUAGAAAAACAUUUGCCACUUCAAGCUGGUGAUGGCAAAUGUUUUGUACGAGCUAAGGCUUUGUAGAUUCAACCUGAUUCCAUUUGGGUUCAGCUUGGAUUGUUAGAUUUUUGCUCGUGCUCUCUUAGCCGUGCUUUGUAGCCAACUAGGCAAAUAGCCAUGACGUUUUACAUCUUGUAUUGCUUGUUGGUCCCCAUUCAUAACAUAAGGUGAAAGUUGCCAGUUCAUCUCUCAACCUUCUGAGUGAGUUGCAGAAUCAUCUUGUAUUGCUUGUUGCUCGUGCUCUCUUGGCCGUUAUUUGUAGCCAACUAGGCAAAUAGCCAUGACAUUUUAUAUCUUGUCUUGCUUGUUGGUCCCCAUUCAUAACAUAAGGUGAAAGUUGCCAGUUCAUCUCUCAACCUUCUGAGUGGGUUGCAGAAUCAUUUGCUAGCUUCCAGGCUUCCAGCCGAAGGGGUCAAUAUCCUAAACUUCAUUUCGUGCCGAGGUGGGCUGAAGAUGCACUUGGUUAAAGUUGAGUUUGCAACCUCAAGAGGGUCAUUAUUCUUGACUUCAUUUCUGAGAUUUUAUGAUCUUAAAGCUCUGCUACAAACUUUGUUUCAGCUGUUGGAAUGAAUUUGACUUUCUAUU